AAUCAUCAAUAAGCCACUCCAGCUCACUAUAUUAAUACUCUCCUUCUUCUUCAUCAGCUAGCUACUUGAUAAGACCCUUUUAUCUCUUGGGAGGGAAAACAGAGGAGGGAAGGGAGGUAGCCCGACUCCUGGACUUGGAGUGCUCUUCAUGAGAGUAUCUCCCACCAGCCGCACAACUGCAGAAGUAAAAUUAGAGAGAUCAUUUGCAAGGAGGAGAUAUUAGACUACCUCUCCAUCGCCAUGUGCAGUCCAAAUUCCACUACAACCAGUACUACUGCUGUGGUCGAAAACCCAGCACAGCCCUCAAACACAAAGAUCUAUUUGGCUUUUGUAUCCCUACCACCCAACAACACCAAUGACGACCCAGAAAAUCCAAAACCAGCUCAGGAGAAACAAACCCAAUUCCCACACCACACAAUCUCUGAUAUAAUUACAGAAGCCAAUACCCUCAUCAACCUCUCCUUCCCCAUCGCCCUGACAGCGCUCCUUCUCUACUCACGCUCUAUCCUCUCCAUGCUCUUCCUGGGCCACCUCGGUGAUAUACAACUUGCUGCUGGCUCCCUUGCCAUAGCCUUCGCCAACAUCACCGGUUACUCUGUCCUUUCCGGUCUAGCACUGGGCAUGGAACCUCUAUGUGCGCAAGCAUUUGGAGCUCAGCGUCCCAAGCUUCUGGCCCUUACCCUUCAUCGCUCUGUAAUUUUUCUACUCUUCUCCUCAAUUCCCAUAUCUCUUCUCUGGCUCAGCAUGUCCAAGCUGCUUCUUUGUUUACACCAGGAUCCUGAAAUCACAAAUCUCGCACAGAGCUAUCUUCUAUUCUCUCUUCCCGACCUCCUCACCAACUCCUUCCUGCACCCAGUCCGCAUUUAUCUCCGGGCGCAGGGAUUAACCCACCCACUCACCUUAGCGUCAUUGGCCGGGGCGAUCUUCCUCGUACCCACAGGCUUCCUCUUGGUGUAUCACCUCCAACUAGGGAUAGCCGGCGUCGCCAUCGCUUCGGCGGCUUCGAACUUGUUCGCACUGCUGUUCCUGGUUGGGUACGUGAGGGCUACGGGGUUACACCUGCCGACGUGGAUAACGCCGAGCCGAGAGUGCUUGACUGGAUGGGAGCCUCUUCUCCGACUGGCGGGGCCGAGCUGCGUGUCCGUAUGCCUGGAGUGGUGGUGGUACGAGAUUAUAAUCGUAUUGUGCGGACUGUUGACGAACCCGAAAGCGACGGUAGCUUCCAUGGGCGUUCUGAUACAAACAACGGCUCUGAUUUACGUGUUUCCGUCAUCCCUGGGCUUCGCCGUGUCAACACGUGUAGGAAACGAGCUGGGAGCCAACCGUCCGAACAAAGCCAGGGUGUCAGCGGCGGUAGCGGUGUUGGUAGCGUUUAUGAUGGGAGUAUCGGCCACUGCAUUCACUUGGGGGAUGAGGAACAAGUGGGGCCGUAUGUUUACCUCGGACGUGGAGAUCCUACGGUUGACGUCCGCCGCUCUGCCCAUCCUGGGACUUUGCGAAAUUGGCAACUGUCCACAAACAGUUGGUUGUGGGGUGCUGAGGGGCACUGCACGGCCAACCACGGCUGCUAACGUCAACCUGGGAGCGUUUUAUGUCGUGGGGAUGCCGGUGGCAAUUGGGCUUGGGUUUUGGGUUGGGGUGGGCUUUUGUGGGCUUUGGUUGGGCUUGCUGUCUGCUCAGGUUUGUUGUGCUGGACUCAUGUUGUAUGUAGUGUGGACAACGGACUGGGAUGCUCAGGCAAAAAGAGCACAGCUGCUUACAUGCGCUGUGCGUGGAGAAGUAGGAGUCGGAGGUGAUAGCGUGGAAGAGAAGCCGUUGAUCUCCACCAAGCUUAAACUCAUAGUGUAGUUCUUCUUCUUCUUCAUUUAAAUUUAAAUAUAAAUUGGAGGGUUACUGAUUAGAACAUCCUUGACCUAUUUUUUUUUUUUUUAUCCCAACAAUAAAUACUAUUGUUGUUGGGUUGUGAAGUACAACUAUUUGGUUUUUCUUGUAUUAGAAUUAGAAUAGAAGCCUGGGCACUUUUUGUACAAGAAGUGGAUUCGAAAUUUGGAAAGGGGAGGGGGAUGUUGUGUUAAUUAAAUAUUGUUAAUCCAAAAUCCAAAAUUAUUUAUGAUUCCUAGUAAGCCUAUUUUAUUAAGUACUCCCAUUCAAA